AUGGGCAGAUACACUAGCCUGCUGGCAAUGGAGGAGUGAGGAAACUUCGCCUGUCAAAAGUGCAGAUUCAACAUUAGCUUUUGUACUGUGCCAAGUCCAAUGAUCAACACCGCCUUUGUAAGUGAUCGCACAGCAAUUCGUGCACAGAGCAGUAGAGUGCACGGAGGCUGACGAUCGCGAGAGAGAACGAGUGUCGUCGUAGAAUAGAACAAGUUCUAGGUUGUUUUUUGGGGGGCGAUUGUUGCCAAUAUGUCCGGGAAUCCCACAUUUGUGAGUCCCUUCCACAGACCCCGCUGUUUGGCCGCAGCCGCGCCAGCAGGGAAAGCCAAACUCACCCACCCGGGCAAAGCCAUUCUAGCAGGUGGUAUUGCUGGAGGAAUAGAGAUCUGUAUUACAUUCCCUACAGAGUAUGUGAAGACUCAGCUGCAGCUGGAUGAGAAGGCCAACCCUCCCAGAUAUAAAGGCAUUGUUGACUGUGUGAAGCAGACGGUAGACGGUCAUGGGGUGAGGGGUCUGUACAGAGGGCUCAGCUCACUGCUCUAUGGCUCCAUACCCAAAGCAGCUGUCAGGUUUGGUAUGUUUGAGUUCCUCAGUAAUAAGAUGCGCGAUGAGAAUGGGAAGCUGGACAGUACCCGGGGUCUUUUCUGUGGUCUGGGGGCAGGAAUGGCUGAGGCUGUGGUGGUGGUCUGCCCCAUGGAGACGGUCAAGGUAAAGUUCAUCCAUGACCAGUCGUCAGCCAACCCAAAGUACCGGGGAUUUUUCCAUGGAGUCAGGGAGAUCAUCAGAACUGAAGGCCUGAGGGGGACGUACCAGGGUCUGACAGCCACGGUACUGAAACAGGGAUCCAACCAGGCCAUCCGCUUCUACGUUAUGACCUCUCUAAGGAACUGGUACAAAGGUGAUGACCCUAACAAGGUCAUUAACCCUCUGGUCACGGGAGCAUUCGGAGCCUUCGCUGGAGCUGUCAGUGUGUUUGGAAACACUCCUCUGGAUGUCAUCAAAACCAGGAUGCAGGGUCUGGAGGCUCACAAGUACAAAAGCACCCUGGACUGUGCCGUCAAGAUCAUGAAGCAUGAGGGACCUAAAGCGUUCUAUAAGGGUACAGUCCCCAGGCUGGGCAGGGUGUGUAUGGAUGUAGCUAUCGUCUUCAUCAUCUAUGAGGAGGUGGUGAAGGUCCUCAACAAAGUCUGGAAGACGGACUAAGACCACAUUUCUGUGACGACCAGCGGAGCAGGGAAUGGCCCGGAAGGCCCGUUGACAUCAUAACUAUGGCCUGAUUCCAAACCCAAUCCUUUUGCCUUUUCCUUAGGUUAUCCAUGACUAGCAACCUCCUCACAGAUCUGACAUGACUCUCUGUAUUUCAUUCCAGAAAGUUGUUCUGUCCCAUACCCUUGUUUACUUUGAUAGUUGAGUGCACUUCACCUAGGGUGCUAUAGGAUCCUAUUGGGGACACUACUAUCAUAUUGUUUAUACCUACUGUCUUUGAUCUUCUUAAAAUCCGCAAGUGGGAUUUAGCAAGGGCACAGGGGUUAGGGUGAGGGAUUGGGCCACUGUGAGUGAAAUAUGGGAACGCUGUGUCAUUCCAAGGGCACAGGGGGUAGGGUGAGGGAUUGGGCCACUGUGAGUGAAAUAUGGGAACACUGUGUCAUUCCAGAGAAGUGUCGUAGACGGACGGUGCUUCAGUUCACCUAUGGCUAUUAUUAUCAUCUUAUGUUGUACGUUAACAUACUUGACUUAAUCAAAAAUGAAAUGAUACUUAUAAAACCCCAAAUAAUGGGAUGUAGAUCAACAGAAAACACUUGAAAUGACAGAGGAGGAACAGAGGUUUUUAACUCCAAGGGCCACGGUGUACAUUUAACAGGAAAAGGUAUUACCCAGGGAAAAGGGUCUGGUAGAGACCAUCGUUUUCCCCUAAUAGCAGUAUAACAGAGAUGUCUGUUUGUUCACGGGUCAUAUGAGUCUUAUUGUCCAGGUUUAAUGCAGGUCUGAAAUGUUUUAGCUGCUUUACAUACCUGAGUGCUAUUACAUCAAAAUGCCUUAUAGAUUGUUAUAUUCAGAGAUAUCUUUAUGGUAGAACGCUAUUAUGGGUGCGUUCGUAAAUUCGUCAGUUAUUCUGUUCUAUGGCACACUCAGACCAGAGUGCUCUGAAAUCGGAGUAGAUAGCCAAAGUGAAUUUACGAACACACCCUAUAUGUAGUAACCAUAAUUGUUGUGACCAUAGAAUUAGAACUCAGUGUUUAAUUGCUACUCAUUCUACUAAUUCUGUAGUGGUGAAUAGCCUGUUUUUGGUGUCCGUCAAAUACAGAGAUGUACAUUUUACAUUUACAUUUAAGUCAUUUAGCAGACGCUCUUAUCCAGAGCGACUUACAAAAUGUACGUCAUACAGUAUACUCAGACAUUCUGCAGAAUGCACCAACACUUUUUAAAGUUAAUUCCAUAAAAACAAUGACCAAGACUGAGAUGAUGCUGGUGAGGGUGAUGAACUUUGCAAAUGUGAAAUAUAUUUACAUAAUGAUUGUUUUUUUUGGGGGGGGGGGCCCCAAUGUUGUAUGAAAGUGCCUGCAAGUGUAUCUCAUGAUUGUUUUAGAAAUCUGGUAUAAGAUGUCUAGUGUUACUAAUGUCUAUAGUUGAAUGUUUAGCUGGGUCAGUUCUUCAUUACUGUCAUACAGUAUGAUAACUUCAUUGUUUUUAUUUAAUAUAGACAGUAACACAGUGCAAUGAGGCCUUGCUGAGAUGUUUUUAUUGGCAAACAUGAUUAGAUCUACUGGUACUGGCUGGCAGUAUGGCUGACCAGAGACUGUCAUAAUGCAGCCUUGAGUAAUUCAAUGAGAUGUUGUCUGGUAAUGUUCCCUGUCAGUUAUAGAGUAUGUAUAAAUGUCUUUGAUUUACAA